UUUGAUCCUAAACUGACACAGACCUGCCGGAGACAUGACACAAAACGGUGUUAUUAAGGCAAAGCAUAUGAUUGUGGUGGUAUCCAUGGUGGAAGAGUGGUCCUCCUUGAAAUCCCUUCUGCAGGAUACUUCUGAAGAUAAUUGUCACCAAGUUGCCUUUACCAGUCUGGGACCCAAUGAAAAAUGCGAUUUAACAGUUGAGGACGCCUUCAUCAGCCUGCGCUAUGCAGAUUUGAAAGAAGACAUGAGAGAGGAGGCCGUCUGCCAGGCCAUAGAGGGCUGCUUUAAAUCCUGCAAAGAUGGAACAUGCACUUUUCUACUGUUGAUCAAAGGUGGAUGUUACACAAAUAAGGAAAGAAGAUUGAUAGAGAUUUUGCAGGCGCACUUUGGAGCCGAGGCUUUAAAAUACCUCGUCAUUCUCUCUGUGGAAGAUGGAAAUGUUGUCGACAUGCUGGACGACGCCCUCUUGGAUUUGAUAAAUGUCUGCGAUGGCAGAUACUGCCGGAUCACAUCAUCGACUGCAAGUGGUGGACUGCAUUCAUUAGUUGAAAUGGUCAACUACAUGUUGACUGAAAAUUGUGCCACUGGUUACACUGACGCCAUGCUAACCGAGUCAAAGAGAAAGUGUACUGAGGACUCGGCCAUGAACAUACUUAAACAGAAAGUGCAAGAGGCGGAGGAGAAGGAGCAGAUGUUCAACGAACUGGUCCAACAACAAGAAGAGAGAAGAGCCCAAGAAAUGGAAGCACUAAAAGCAAAGCAUGCUGAGGAAAGAGAAAAGGAAGUGCUUGACAGAAAGAAACUUGAGACAAAGAGAGAGAGUCUUCAUGAGGCUGUAAGCAGCCACAAAGCAGCCAUUCAGAUCCAAAUAAGAGCUCCUACUGGUGAUGAAACCAAGAAGAUAUCUGUCAUUUUGCUGGGCCUCUCCGGCAGUGGGAAGUCUUCUGCUCUAAAUCUGAUCCUGAGUAGAGCCAGUAAUCAGUACCUAGGCAGUGGCUGUGAUCCUGAGCCCGCUCUGCCAACCACGUUUUGUAAAAGAGAGGAGGUGUUUGCAGCAGGGGAACAGCUUGUCCUGGUGGACACCCCCGAGCUGUGGGAUGAAGAUGGGGUGGAGAAUACCAACCUGGUGAAAGACUGCCUGGCUUUGGCCUUACCUGGACCCCACGUCUUCCUGCUGGUGCUUCAGGUGGGACGCUUCACCCAGGGAGAGUGUGAGAUGCUUGCGCACAUGCAGAGAACCUUUGGAAGAGAAGUUUCAGAGCACUCCAUUGUCUUGUUUGUCCAUUUUGACGGGAACCAGUACAGGCCUCAGAGGAUCAACGACUAUGUCAUUGGAGCUCAUCCAACCCUGCAGGAUCUCAUCCGGAAGUGUGGAUGUCGUUAUUACGAGUUAAAUGUUACAAAGUCGUUUAGCGCUUUGAGCUAUCCUCAGGUGAGAGAGCUGCUUUCUGGGAUCAACAAACUGGUUGCCUCACAUGGAGGCCAAUCCCACUUAGUGAAGAGAUUUUCUCUUCAGGAGCUACAGGAAAGAAAUAAAAUAAUCUUACAGGGAAAUGAGGGGGAGUUGGAAGACAAUUACCUACUAAGAGAUUAAUUAUUUCUUUUUCUUAAGAUUAGAAUGCCUUACUUGUAAAACAUUGUUGUUUUAAUUUACAGGAAAGACUAUCCAUUUGAUUUAAAUGAGCUGCCAGUGUAGGUUAUCCCAAAUGAGAGAAAUUAACUUUCAAUUCCCUUAAUUACUUAAAAAUUAAUAGAAUAUGUUAAUAUGGCUGUACAGUUUCCCCUUAAAAUCUGGAUAACCAGCAGAGGGCUCUCUCUCGCCUAAGAAAUGGAAUCAUAUCUGAAAGUUUACCAAUGCAAUCCCGUGUGUCUCAGUGUACAUAAUAGGAUUUCAGGCUAUUUAUAAGAAUAAUCUUAGAAAAAUUGCAAAAAAUAAAAAAUAAAUAAAAAGGUAAGGUGGUGGUGAUUUGGGGAUUUUCCAACCAAAAGGAAAUAAAAGGAAAACAAAUGAAGAGUUAUAUAAGUGUCGCAGUUUUUAUUUCUAUGGAGUUGAAAAGGAAGAAAAGAAAAAGUACUGCUCCAUUAUAUUUCCUUUUUUACUUAUAUCUUUUUAUUGACCAUAUCUCAAUGGUCUGAGAAUUUUAACUGGUACCUGAGGCAAAUUGUACUAUAAUAAUCUGACAUAAGCAAUUACUUUUUUUGUUUGUUUUAACAGGUUUAUGGUUAAUGAUCCUGUAUUUAUUCUUUCAAGCAUUACAUUUUUACAUUUAAGUUUUUUUUUAUUGCAUGCUUUGAUGUGGCUUAAUGAUAUGUUUACACUGAUUUUUUUUCUUGGCUUGUUCUGUAAUGUCAUUGUACUUUAUCUGUUAGUGUACAAUUCAAUAAACAACAAUUAAAACUUAAUUUAUAAAAAUGAUUUUAUUUAGAACAAA